AUUUCAAGCGACGAAGAAUUCGAGUGUCACGAUGUGUGCUCCCCAGCUGCUCUUCCUCAUCCUUGCUGCUGCGGCAUCGGUUGAUGCCGUAACUUACAAUGUCACCGCACCCACCGAGUGGUGGCAGAAAAACGUUAUCUACGAAGUUUGGGUCGAAUCGUUUAAGGACAGUGAUGGCGAUGGAAAAGGAGAUCUGAAUGGUAUCAAGAGCAAACUGGAACACUUUGUCGACCUGGGCGUGACGUGCAUUUGGCUGCCGCCCAUAUACGAGACUCCCAUGGUUGACAGUGGCUACGACAUUUCCAAUUUCACUGCCGUGAACACAGAUUACGGGACACUUGACGAUUUCGAUGCACUGGUAACUGCGGCCCAUGAAUUGGGACUAAAAGUAAUCAUCGACUUUGUUCCCAACCACACGAGUGACGAACACGAAUGGUUCCUCAAAGCAAAACAGGGAAUCGAACCAUACUACAGUUACUACGUCUGGAACAAAGGAGUUUAUUACGGCGACUAUCUUAGUUAUCCAAAUAAUUGGUUGGACGUCUUCAACGACGGCACCGUUUGGGAAUGGGUCGACGAACGCGAAGCUUAUUAUCUUCAUCAAUUCAGCGUGCACGAAGUCGACCUUAACUGGACGAACCCUCUCGUGAUGUCGGAAAUGAAGAACGUUCUUACGUUCUGGCUUGAUCAUGACGUAGAUGGCUUCCGUAUCGACGCUGCGCCGUACUAUGUAGAGUCUUCUACUUUGGAGAACGAAACUAGGUCCGACAAGGAUGUCGAUUCAACCAAUUAUUUCUACCUGAACCACACCCAAACAAAGGAUCAACCAGAAAAUUAUCCUAUCGUGCAAGAGUGGAAGGAACACAUAAACAAUUACACAGUCUCAAAGGGUAACGACAAGGUUCGGUUCAUCUGCACGGAAGGAUACUCUGACAUUGAAUACGUUAUGAAAUGGUAUGACUACGAUGAUGACUUUCCAUUCAACUUUUACUUCAUCAAAGACGGAGAUAUCGCCAACGAUGCUGUUAUAGAUACAGCGGGGGACAUCUACGACAUAUUCAUCAAAUGGCUCGACAAUAUGCCAUCGGGUAAAACAGCUAAUUGGGUGCUCGGAAAUCACGACAUGAAUCGAAUCGCUACACGGGUCGGACUCUACCGAACUGAUGGACUUCACUUGUCGACACUUUUGCUGCCUGGUGUUUUCACCAUGUACAAUGGUGAUGAGCUCGGUAUGACCAACACAUAUCUCACGUGGGCAGAAACUACCGAUGUCCGAGCUUGCAGUACGACUAAUACAACUUACACUCUGUACUCGCGAGACCCCGUGCGCACUCCGUACCAAUGGGACAACACCACUUCUGCCGGUUUCUCCACAAACUCUACAACUUUCCUCAAGGUCAAUCCGGACUACGUGACAGUAAACCUUGCCGCUGAGAAAGAGGCCGAUUUCAGUCAUUACCAAAAUAUACAAAAAGCAAUUGCUCUACGUAACACCACCGUAUGGGAAGAAGGAACAGUCGACGUCGAACUUAUUGAAGAUCAGAUGGUAGGUAUCGCUAGGCAGCUUGACGGUGAGAAUCCGAUAGUUGUGUUGAUGAACUGGGAAAAUUCCACCGUCACGGUCGACUUGGAUGAUUACUUUGACGAUCUGCCCGAUACCCUGGAACUUGUUAUAGCUGAUAUGUACUCCGGACUGAACGACAACGUCGGAGAUACAUACGAAAAAUCGAGCAUAGAGGUCCCGGAGCAUGGCUCAAUGGUACUCCUGGGUGUGAGUUCGUAAGACCACCGCUGAAUUCAUCCGUAACAUUCUGAUGGUGCAAUAUAUGGGCAACGAACAUGCUGAGAUCUUUUCAAACAUCCGGCAAAGAAAAUGGACGAAACUUAUAGCAAACGAGAUUCAUAACUCCUUGAGAAUUACUAACAACUGAAAUUCUUGGCCUGCUGCCUGCGAAAAAGUAUUUGAGACCUACUCCAAAUUGUAGCCCAAUAAUUACAAAAUAAAGAUAAGCCAACCACUACUUUAAA